GCUGUGAAGCGCUUGUCCAAAAUCAGCUGGCAGAGGGUGCUUGUAAAAAAAACUGACAGCAGGCCAGGCAGGAGAUUUCACAUAAGAGCAAAUAAGCUUUUUCGUAGCCGCAGCUCAUUUUUGGAAUCAACAAAAUGCUGACGAAUUGUGCCACCAAGACGCUGGCCGCAGUGCGCGGUGGUAUCCGGGCAAUCAGCACCAGCGGCCUCCGGGCCAGUGACAAUCUGUUUGUGCAUCGCGACACCCCGGAGGACAAUCCGAACAUCCCGUUCGAGUUCACCGCGGAGAACAAGAAGCGCGUGGAGGCAAUCCUCAGCAUCUAUCCUGAGGGCCACAAGCGGGGUGCGAUGAUCCCCUUGCUGGAUCUGGCCCAGCGACAAUACGGUUGGCUUCCAAUCUCCGCCAUGCACAAGGUGGCCGAGAUUCUCGAGCUGCCCAAUAUGCGCGUCUACGAGGUGGCCACCUUCUACACGAUGUUCAUGCGCAAGCCCACCGGCAAGUACCACAUCCAGGUGUGCACCACCACGCCAUGCUGGCUGCGCGGUUCGGACGAGAUCCUGGAGACGUGCAAGAAGCAACUGGGAAUUGGUGUAGGUGAUACCACCAAGGACAAGAAGUUCACCAUCUCGGAAGUGGAAUGCUUGGGAGCUUGCGUCAAUGCGCCGAUGGUAGCGGUCAACGAUGAUUAUUAUGAGGAUCUGACUGCCAAGGACAUGCAGGAUAUUUUGAGAGACCUUAAAGCCGAUAAGCCAUCGCCACCUGGUCCCCGCAAUGGUCGUUUUGCCAGCGAGCCAAAGGGUGAGCCCACAUCCCUAAGCGAGGAGCCAAAGGGUCCCGGUUUCGGUCUGCAGCCCGGUCUCUAGAGGAUUAAGAGCCAAUAACACCGUAUCACUGAUUGUCGAGCGAAAAAGUUAAAUAAAAGUUAAGCAACUGUAAGAGGUCCUUGAUAAGCGAU